AACUGUCAGCUGUGUCGCCGCCGCCGCUACUGCGGGAGUGCGAGCCCGAGACGGCCCAACCCUCCACCGCCCUGUCGCUCCCACGCCCCUCCCGCAGGGGUUCUAGAACUCCACGUCACCGUAUCAUUGUCUGUGCGGGACCCUCGGGCUCCCCCUCCUUCCCCCCGCCCCGUCCCUGCACGUUCCAUUCCGCCCCCGCCCCCCUCGAAUCAUCUCAAUGAGAUGCAAACAUGAAAGACAAGAGGAAGAAGAAGGACCGCACCUGGGCCGAGGCUGCCCGCCUGGCACUGGAAAAGCAUCCCAAUUCACCAAUGACUGCAAAGCAAAUAUUGGAAGUAAUUCAGAAAGAAGGGUUGAAAGAAACAAGUGGCACUUCUCCAUUAGCUUGUCUGAAUGCAAUGCUUCAUACCAACACUCGUGUUGGUGAUGGGACAUUCUUCAAAAUUCCUGGCAAGGCAGGACUCUACGCACUCAAGAAGGAAGACACUACAUGCCCAGCAGAUGGAACAUUGGAUUUAAGUUGUGAAUCUGAGUUGGACAGCACUGAAAUGGCUGAGACUAACAAUAGCAAUGGAGAAGAAAAUGGAGUUUGUCCUAAGCAAGCACCUGAAGAACUGUCUUCCAUUCGGGACUCAAGCCUUACAAAUGCACCAAUGCAAAGCAAGCUAGUGGCUUCCUUCCAGCAACAUACCAAAAAGGCACUUAAACAGGCUUUGAGACAGCAGCAGAAAAGAAGAAAUGGAGUCUCAAUGAUGGUAAACAAGACUGUUCCUCGUGUUGUUUUGACACCAUUAAAGGUGUCUGAUGAGCAGUCGGAUUCACCUUCAGGGUCUGAAUCUAAAAAUGGUGAAGCAGACAAUUCUGAUAAAGAAAUGAAACAUGGGCCAAAGUCUCCAACUGGAAAACAAAUGAGCCAGCAUUUAAAGAGAUUAAAAAAAUCUGGUUUAGGACACUUGAAAUGGACCAAAGCCGAGGACAUUGAUAUAGAAACACCAGGAUCUAUUCUUGUGAAUACCAACUUGAGGGCUUUAAUAAACAAACACACAUUUCUUUCAUUACCUCAGCAUUUCCAACAAUACCUCCUGCUUUUACUUCCAGAAGUAGACAGGCAGAUGGGAAGUGAUGGAGUUUUGCGCCUCAGUAGUUCCGCUCUAAAUAAUGAAUUCUUUGCAUAUGCAGCACAAGGGUGGAAACAGCGAUUGGCAGAAGGAGAAUUUACACCUGAGAUGCAGUUGCGCAUCAGGCAAGAAAUUGAAAAGGAAAAGAAAACAGAACCCUGGAAAGAGAAGUUCUUUGAAAGAUUUUAUGGAGAAAAGUUGGGGAUGUCAGUGGAAGAAUCUAGGAAGCUUACAUCAGUACAAAAUAAUGAAGACGAUAAUAAAUCCCUCUCUGGUUCUUCGGAUUUGCCUGGUCCUUCUAGAGAGCCUUCUUUUGAUGACCAUGAAGAAAAGAGCAAUCAAUCUCCACUCUUGCCAGAGAGAGAUUUCUGUCAGGCACUUUGCAACAUGGAACAUGUUCCUUCCAAGGAUCUAAUGGCAGAAACAGAAGACAUUUUGAUUCCAGAAGAAUCCAUUAUUCAAGAAGAGAUUGCUGAGGAAGUUGAGACAAGUAUUUGUGAAUGUCAGGAAGAGAACCAAAAAGAAAAUGUGAAUUCCGAACAACCAGUAAGUCCAGUUGCUACAAAUGAAGAAACAGACCCAUUACCACUUACAAGGAAUUCUGAAUCCUGUGUUGUGAUGAAUGAUGUAGUAAGUCCAUUAUCACAUGUUGAAAUCAAAGAAGAGGAAAGAUUGGAAUAUCCCCAGGAAGAAAUGUCAGUCAUAACAGAUCAGAUAGAAAGCAGUUUAUCACCUUCACAGUCUGCUUCUUCCUCAAAUUCUGUUAGUAAUGUGGAAGAAAAAGAUUUGGAAUCCAUAAAAGAACUUAGUCCUCAUGGAAAAUAUUCCCCUGUCCUUAAUGGUUCCUUAUUCACUGGUGGAGGUGUUGCAGUACAUAUGGAAUUGCAGAGUGACCCUGAUGAACUGUCCUCUGAAAAUGCCUGUGUUUCUGAAACAUCUUUUUCUGCUGAAAGCCCAGAAGAACCAUCUGCCAGUAUUGCAUCUCCUGGAGGUGACACCCAAUCGACUUCAGAGGAACCUUCUACACCAGUGUCUCUUGAAACUGUAUGCUCAUCAGACAUGUCUUGCACUGAAAACACUGAAACUGAUACUCAACAAAAAUCUGUUGAUGAUAAUCUGAAUACAUCUUUAAUAUCUGAAAUAUCUCCACUCCCAGCCUCACCUGUAACAUCAGAAGCAUCUCUGUUGUCAAAUUUGCCCCUAACUUCAGAGGCAUCACCAGUUUCUAAUUUACCUUUACCAUCAGAAACUUCCCCAAUGUCUGAUUUGCCCUUGACAUCUGAAACUUCUUCAGUGUCUUCUGUUCUUUUAGCUUCUGAAACAUCUCAUUCAAAUAGUUUACUAUUGCCUUCAGAAGCAUCUCCACUUUCCAAUUCACCAGUGAGUGAAAGAUUUAUUCAGCAAAGAAAAUCAUUGUGUUUGUCUGAAGAAUCCUUGUCACCUCUGAAAGAAGAAACCUGUAGCAUUCCUAAUAUUCCACAAGAAGAUAAUAUUCCAUCACAACAAAAUUCACUUCAAGGUGUACCUGAUGCUAUGAAAGCUGUCAUAUCUGAACCUUCACUAGCAGAAGGAUCCCAGUCCAGAAAUCUUACUAAUCAAACCUGUAGGUCACAAACUGAAAUAGAGAACCGUUUCAUUUCUUCUCUUGCAGAAAACUCUUCUUCAGAAGUGAUAAAAAUGAGAAAUCAUGGUAGCCACCAACGAUCUGAAAAUAAAAGUGCAAUCUCUCAAGUGGAAGUUUCUAUCUUAACAGAAGUGGCAGAAUGCAAAAAUAUUGAAUCUCUUCCAUCUAAGUCUCAUGAUAAGUUAUAUACCUCAACAUCAUCUUUAGAAAUUGGCAGAAAUAAGUCUCACAAACUUCAAGGGACUAUACAGAAUCGGUUUGAAAGUUCCUAUUCUUCAAAAUCAAGUGAAGUUACCAAGUCACCUGAAGUAAGAAAUGAAAGCAGGGACCUGGAGAUUCCAAAGAGGAAAACAGCUGAACAUCACAGUUUUGGAAUCUGUAAAGAGAAGAGAGCUAGAAUUGAAGAUGAUCAGGCCCAUCGUAAUUCAUCAACAAAUUCAUCUGAAAGAGAGCCACCACCUAGAGAAGAGCCCAGAGUCCCACCCUUAAAGAUCCAACUCUCAAAAAUUGGCCCACCCUUUAUCAUCAAGAGCCAGCCGGUUUCCAAACCAGAACCUAGGGCUACUCCAAGUACCUCCGUGAGCAGCGGGAGGAACACGGGGGCCAGAACUCUUGCAGAUAUCAAAGCAAGAGCCCAGCAAGCCAGAGCUCAGAGGGAAGCAGCAGCAGCUGCUGCAGUUGCUGCAGCUGCAAGCAUUGUUUCUGGAGGGCUAGGGAGCCCCUGUGAAGGUGGGAAGACCCGAACGUUGGCCCACAUCAAGGAGCAAACAAAGGCCAAGUUGUUUGCAAAGCACCAAGCAAGAGCCCACUUGCUCCAGAGCAACAAGGAAAGCAAGUCUCAGCAGGCCUUGAAAGAAGCUCCAUCAGUUGUGGAGAUCUCUGUGGCUUCUGAAACAAAGAUUGAAGGUUCUACUGGUGUAAUUAUAGUUAAUCCUAACUGUCGGUCUCCUAGCAACAAAUCUGCUCACCUUCGUGAAACUACUGCUUUAUUGCAGCACUCUCUUAAUGCCACUUCUUUGCCAGAAACUAGCACUGAUAUCCCUGUUCAAAAUUCUGAUGAAAGCAUAUCUGUGCCUCAUUUUUGUGAGAAAAUGCUAUCUUCUACCUCUCCAGAAAGUAUUUCAGUCCUAUAUAAGAAAAACUCAGUUCCUGGUUCUGUGUGUAGCACUGCUAAGUCAGGAACAAUUAAGGAACUUUCUUUUGCUGGUGCAGUUGAUAAGCCCUCUGUUUUGAUGUCUGUAGAAAGUACAGACACAAAGAUUAGCAAUAUAACUAUGCUGAAAUCCAUCCAAGGGGCUGACACUCCAUGCGUUUCUAUUGUGCCAAAAUGUCAUGAAAACUCCGGUCCUCCAGCCACAGCCAACACUACCGUCUUGUCAGAUUCCUUAGAGAAGAAAAUAUUACCAAUGCCAAGUAGCAAUGCAACCAGUGCAAUUUCAAGUCAGUAUACCACUGUGCCAACUUCAUCUGUUGUAAGUAAUUUAGCAGAUCACCUGUCUGGCAGCUCUGUUUUGAUUCCUCCAGGGGGAUCUAUAAGUAGAUAUCCUUCGGAUAAGAUAUCCCUAACUGGGUGCAGUGACCCAAGUGCUUUGUCAAACAGCAUCUCUGUUAGGGCAGCUUUACAUGGAAAUGAGGCACUUUCAGUAGGAGAUUCCAUUGGCAGAACUUCCAUUUCUGUAUUUCCCAGCAACAUGAUGACUGUAAAUUCUUAUGAGAAUUCCACCAAAAUGAGUGCUGAUGGCAUAGAGAGAAAUUCGGGGAUGAGAAGCCGUUUAGAUAUGCCUGGUAAACCCUCAGUAGGAUAUAUACAGGCACCUGCAAAUAGAUCCAUUCCUUGUAAAGUCAUUGUUGAUCACACAAUGACAACAAUGAAUUCAAGCUUAUCUCUGGGUCUUUCCACGGAAAGUACAGAAAGUAGCGGGGAAGCGCAAAACAGGCCAAUUAGGAUUGAAACUGCUUUACAAAACAUAACAUGCCCACAAGUAUCUGUCAUAAGUAGGCCAGAGCUACUUAAUAAUGAACAUUUGGAGCCCAGCUCUGCUUUUAACAAUGGUCCAACCAAGCAAGAUGGCAAGCAUUUACAAGCAGCAUGUACUGCUCUUCGGGAAGUGCCUCUUGGGCCUCAAGAUAAACAGUUGGAUGUUGUUCCUCCAACCCAAGGUUUCUCAGAACAGUUUCAAGAUCCUUUAACUUUCAAGAGGGAAGCAGAAAGUAUCUGUACCAACCGAUAUAAUCCUAACAGCCGAAUCUGUUGGAAUGACAAUGAGGUAAUGAAUACUGAGCAGCCUUUGGUCAGUCAUCUUAACCCAAGUAAGCAUAAGGAAUAUUCAGAAAAUAACUGUUUAAAAAAUGUGAAAACAGAGCCUUCAGGUCUGGUACAUCUGCACGAGAUGCAUACAAGAAAUGUUGUGACAAGCAUAGCCUUGCCUGUUAAGUCAGAAAGAAACGAAUCUGACAAAUGCUUUAGGAUGGACACGGAAGAUUUUGUAAGACCUGAACUUCCUGUGCAAACUGCAGAAAUAGCCCCAAGUUCCCAGCCAGCUCAGAGCUCUAAGAGAUCUGUAACCGAUUCCAUGGAGCACUCUUUGGCACUGACAACAGAGACAUUGAAAAGAGUUACAAAUGCUGGAACCUCAAGUUGCCGCUUGUCAUCAGUAGAAGCCAAUAAUCCUCUAGUGACCCAGUUACUGCAAGGCAACUUGCCAUUGGAAAAAGUAUUGCCGCAGCCCAGGUUGGGGGCCAAACUAGAAAUCAGUCGACUUCCUUUACCUUUGCAAACUACCUCCAGGUGUAAAUCAGUCACAUCCGAGCGAAACACAGUCGAAAAUCUUUCCAGCUCCCCAAAUGCAGACGGGAGAGAUUUUACAACCACAAAUAUACUCCCACUACAAAUCCGCAAACGUGAAAAUCAUCCCAAAAAGAGAGUAGCCAGGACAGCUGGAGAAAUUAAAUGUGAGCCUGGGAAGCCUUCAGUGGAUUCAGAUAUUAAAGUGACUCCUUGUAUAAUCACUUCUAGCAUGAAUCAACUUGGACAUGGCCAACUAUUUAAACAGGAGUGGCCAAGCAAGCACACCAUUCAAAGCAGAAUAGCUCACAGUCCAGAGAUUAAACAGCAGAAAAGGCCAUUGCCCUCAUGUAGUUUCCAGAAGAACUUAUUUAGUGUAGAGAAAAAUGGCAGCUUCCACACCGAAACAAGUACCUCGCAUCAACCGCAUUUCUACCAAAUGCCAAUGGCUGCCCGAGGCCCUGUUACUACAGCGACUUUGAUGCAGGCAACUUUAAAAGCCCCAUCUGGCUGCAGUUCCUUUGCUUUCAGCAGGCACCUAGAGCAGAAGGCCCUGGGAGAGGCCAAUAUGUCUACAGCACCUCACCAGCUGAGACUGGCAACUGUUUUUUCCCCAAACGUUCAAAUUAAGGAAAGUGAUGACAUCCCCAGUGCCUCACAAACUCUGCAGAAUAAAUCAUUAGUGCAUCCCCCACCCCCUCCGCCCCCUCCCCCUCCCAAUGCAGAAGCUCCAUCUGAUCACAAACAACCAGGAGUUACUAUGGAAACCACCAAAAGACUUAGUUGGCCUCAGCCGGCAAAUGUCUGUAGCAAUAUAAAAUCAGAACCCAUUUCUUUGGAGGAAGGCUUAAGCAGCAGCUGUGAGCUAGGCAUGAAACAAGCUCCCUACGAUCAGAAUGAAGUCAAAGAACAGUUGAAAGCUUUUGCAUUGAAAAAUGCCGACUUCCCUUCCUAUUUACUUUCAGAAUCACAGAAGCCUUUUGCCCCAUUAACUGCUCCAAAAAUACAGGCACAGCAGCAGCAGCGUGGAAAUUACCCUACAAUACACUUUGGUAGCACAAGUUUCAAAAGGGCGACCUCUGCCAUUGAAAAAUCUAUUGGGAUUUUAGGGAGUAGUUCAACUACAACCACAAGCCUACCUAUUCAAAAUGCCCAAAUCCCAGUUCAGAAAUUUGCCGACAGCAGCAGCGCAGAUGAGUUGGAACUGAAAUGUUCUUGCAGGCUGAAAGCCAUGAUAGUAUGCAAGGGCUGUGGCGCCUUCUGCCAUGAUGACUGCAUAGGUCCUUCCAAAUUGUGUGUAGCUUGUUUAGUUGUUCGAUAGAAUCCAAAGCACAUUCCUUGUUAACACAGAAAAGCAAAAGAGAAGAAUAACUGGAAUUCUGUAGGCCAUAUUGUAUCUGGGGGGGCGGAAAGUUGCUAGGGAUGCUUUGGAAUGGAGUGAGUUUGGCUUGCAUGGCUCUCCCUGGUAAUUCCCCUUUAAGAAGUGUCCAGCAUUCUUACUGUUUUAAAAUAUAACAUUGUUCAUGUCUUACUGCAUAAUUUUAUUUUUACCAUUUAUAAGUCGAUCUUCCCAGUGAAAAGAAUGAAUUGCUCAGUGUCUACAGUAUGUUUCUGUGCAUGAAAGAGCAGAUGAAUGUGGCACAGCCGUAGCCCAUGGAAAAAAAAAGAAGAAGAAGAAGGAUAAAAAAGAAUGAAAGUCAGGUUCCCUUAGCAAACCAUCAUUGCAAUGGCCAUUUGGCAGGUUUUUCACACCUGGAGCCAAGAUUGCCUGCAGUGAUUGACUUUGAUCCAUUGGCAGCUACUGUGGGUAAUUUGAUCCCUUCUUAAGAAGCUGUUAUACUAGAGUAUAAUUAAACCUGGCAACAAGUUUUAACAAACUAGAAUCUUCAUGGCUUUAGAAGUUCGGGGGACGGGAAAUAAGUACAGCUAUUAUAAUAGAAUUUAUUAAUUCAUUUAUGUUCUUCAAGUUUCACUUAUAAUUUUGUCCUAAAAUGAGAUAUUUAACAUAUAUUCAUAGUAUGCGCCAUUUUAUAUCUAAGGGUAUUUUGAAAAGUGAUACCAUUUUCAAAGCGAUUCUUUGUUUCUGAAGAUUUAAAAGAGCAAAGCAAUCAUAUGAUUUAUAGUCCUUUUAAAUAUGUUUACAACUUGGGAUAUUUUUAAAUAACUUUUAUUUUAAAACAUUUUUGUCUGUUAACACAGCUUACCCCACAAAUGUUGUAUAGCCUUGUAGAGGAAUGAAGAGAUUUUAAAUGGAUACUAAAUCUUACUCUCAAUAUUGUAUUUACUAGUAGUUUAUGUUAGUUAUAUACAAAAUAUAUAGCCACCAAACUAUUUGGGAAGAACUGUAGCAAUUGCUAAGUUCUUUUUACUGAAGAGAAGUAUUGUAAAGGGUUAAAAAUAUGGAACUUAAUAAGAGGAGAUGCAUGGUUAUCUUAAAAGUGAGGGAGUGAACAUAAAAUGUAAAAGGGAAGCAACUUGCAUGCUAUCACAUGAAUUUAAUCACCAGAACUUAAUAAACGUUAGAGAAAGAUAUCCUUCUUACCCACACAGUAGAACCUUACUAACUUCAUGCCUGGUAAUCCAUUCACAAAACAGAUAUUUCCCCCCCAUCCCUUGUGUUAAGGCUUUUAAUAGCAAGAUGCUCCAAAAAAUGCAAAUAGUUCUUAUUUGAAAUAAACAAUUUGACAUUUAUUUUGUAUUCUCAAGUUUUAACAUAAUGAGGAUUUUAAAAAUAAGUAUAACAUUAAAAUAUACUUUAGUGUAUUAUAUGUAUUUUAUCCUCUUUUAUUAUUAAACUAUAUAAGACUUCCAGGCAUUUCUGACUAUUAGUAAAGCUCUACUGUUUGGACAUUAUACUUUUGUGGGGCCAUAUUAAACAUGAAACUCAUUUUCCUUUUUUCCUUAAUGAGCUGGAAUAAGCAGGCUUACAUUCCCUUAUUCAAAGAUCUUGUGAGUUGACUGGAUUGGAUUCCUGUUCUGUUUUCAUAGCAAGGUGUAUUAACAGUAGUCUUGAUCUUCUACGGUAUAAGCAAGUCUACACCAUUAUAAUUGCCUUACUAAAGCACUCAUUUUAGAAGAUUUAUGCAUAUUUCAGCACUUUCAGGUACCUCUGGAGAGAUUAUUUUAAAAAUAUAGAUUUAAAAGGCAUGUUUUUGUAAUGUUCCAAAUAGAUAGACUUGUUGUUAAAGAUACAUGUGUCUCCGUAUUAGCUAAAUUCAAGAUCUUUUUGGUACAAUAAUUAAAUACAGCAGGUGAAUUUCCAGAUUCAAUCAUUGUGAACAGUUUUUAAGAUUGCCUUCUAUCAGUCCUAAACAAAUGGUAGCUGCUAUAGCAUGCCAUAGGACAAGUGAGCACAAUUCAGAGAAAGUUAAGCACUUACAGUCACAAUCCUAGUCAUUCUGACCUGCACUGAAUAUCAUAAACAUGCCCAGGAUUUGUCUGCAAGCAUCUUAGUCUGGAAUGAAAAUUUGGAGUGCCUGGGUGUCUCCAGAUUAUAUUUGUUUGUCUGUGUGUGGCUAACAGCAUUAAAACAUUCUGUUUGAACUGGUGGAGUAAGGGGAAGGACUGGAAAUUAGAUAUAAUGGCCAUUGAUGAAAAUAUUUUAAAAGGUGGAUGUUCCUGAAUCUCAGCACUUACUUGAUAAAGGCACUCACACUCUUCCUUGCACCAUGUUCCAAAUAGCAUCUUCUCCCAGGCUCAGUUUACUGACCUCUGGUAGUAGAUAUAAGGUGGAAAAAUGUAAUUCCUCGUGUAUAUGCAAUUAUGUUUGACUGAUAAACAGCAGGCAAAAGAAGCCUUAGUAUUUCUUCUUUGGGUACCUAUUUUGCAAUUUAAUAUACCCAUCUAUAUACAUGUAGUCCUCAACUUAUGACCACAAUUGAGCCCAAAAUUUCUGUUGCUAAGCGAAACAGUUAAGUGAAUUUUGGCCCAUUUUACAACUUUCCUUGCCACAGUUGUUAGGUGAAUCACUGCAAUUGUUAAAUUAGCAACUUGGUUGUUAACUGAAUCUGGGUUCCCCAUUGACUUUGCUUGUUGGAAGGUUGCAAAAGGUGAUCACAUGACCCUAGGACAAUGCAACCAUCAUAAAUAUGAGUCAGUUGCCAAGCCUCUGAAUUUUGAUCAUGUGAUCACAGGAAUGCUGUAACAGUCAUAAGUGUGAAAAAUGGUCAUAAAUCACUAUUUUCAGUGUCGUAACUUCAAACGGUCACUAAACGAACUGUUGUAAGUGAAGGACUACCUGUAUAGAUAUAGCUCUUCCCACAUAAUUUUUAAAGACUCAGAUGUACCAUUAAAUGUAAAUCUAGAUCAACUUUGGCAAAUGAUGGAAAAGUAGUUCUUUUCACAAUGGGUAUAUCUGGCAUAUAUUAGAAUGGCAUGCUUAUAAAUUAUUAAUAUAACAUUGAAGAAAAGGCAUUUGGCAAGGGUUGUUAAAUAUUAUUACAUAUAUCUCAACAUUUUUCCCACUGUGAAUCUUAAGCCACUAUUUCUAUUCUAUCUGAAAUUAAUUUGAUUUGCUAUUUAGAAAUGCCUGAUGGUGGCAGUAGUGGCUUAUAGUAUUUGUUAUCUGGAAGAAAACAAGUAUUGUAUUAAUUUUGCAUAUUCCUGUCUCCUCUCAUUUUUUGCCCAAACAUUGUUGGUAUUCUACAAGAUUUUGUAUUCUACAAAAACUUGUGGAAGUUUUUGACAUGUAUUUAUUUACCUGUGGAAUGGGCAAAGGUCUUUUAUCCAUGUGCAGUUAGGUUAGGCAAUUCUUACACCAGCAAUUUCCCCUCUAUUUCAACUGUGUGUAUGUAUGUGUGUACAUGUGAGUGUGUGUGUAUAUGCACAUCCUCAUCUGCGAAUUAAGUGGCUAUAAUAAAAAGAAAAAUACAUGCAUUCAUCUUCAUGUGGUUUAUAUAUAAUGUCACAGAUUUAAAAAUAGUAUGGUCCACAGAAUUUUGAAAUAGUGUGAGGCAGUAGAUAGGUUAUUGGACAGAAUACUGUGGAAAACUGUGGAGUUUUAAGGAGAGAAGAGAUCAUUAACAAGGGAACAUCUAUAUGUAACUGUCUAAUCUCCAUAGGAAGCUGGCACUGUGAUACAGUGUUAGUCUGUGUGAAAAGGUGCUGUGACUUUAUAGGAAGAGAUUCAUGGAAAUAGCUUUUUGUUCAUAUCUUGAAAAAAAUUACAACAUGCAUUUUCUGUUUUAAAUACUUUCAGAAGUAUUUUUCCUUGGGGAAGAUAGUCAGAUAUAUCAGCUCAAAGAACAGAGUCGUAUACUCUAGGGCUAUGUAUGAAAUGCUGAAUUUAAAUUUUUCAUACAAGUGUUAGGGCUGUGAGGCAGGUAUCUGUGAAACACCUGCCAUCCAAUUUUCUACUUGUAUGUUUCAUCUCUUAUUACAGCUAUUAUUUCCAUUAUCUGUUGAAGUGCAUUUUCUAAUUUGAAAGGAUGUACAGGAUCCUAACCAAUCAGGAAUCAUAUAGAGAACACAUUUGGGUUCUGGUGCAAGGUAGCUAGUUAUGUUUAGCUACUUGAUGUUAUCAUUUAAGCAACAAAGCUGCCUACUGGCUUUCAAUAGAGAAGGAGACACCUCCUGGCAGUGGAGUCAAUGUACCAUCCCUUCAGUCAAUACAUAUAGUUAGCUCCCUGAAAAUAUUGUAGUAGCAAGAUUUCUGCUUGAUGCUUUUUUGUGUGUGUGCCUUUGAGUCAGUGGUGACUCCUGGUUACUUCCUAAACAAGUCCCUGAAACUUUCUUGGCAAGAUUGUUUGCCCUUGCCUUCUUCCUAGGCUAAGAAUGCAUGACUGGCUAAAGGCACCCAAAUGGCUCUGUGCCCAAGGCGGGACUAGAACAUGGUUUAUUUUGGGGAGAUCUUAACAAAGGUGUUCACCUUUCCAAGACAUUAAUGACAUUUGUCAUUUUUUUUGUCAUGGGGGCCCUAGGUAUUUCUUCUAACAAAAAUGUAAGAAGUUAUCAUAAGAUUCACAUCACAAAAUACUGGAAAAAGUAUUUUCCACAACGAAUGGGAAAAAAGUCAGAUAGUUAUUCAUUGCAAAGGAUGUCUAAAUGAAACUUAAAAAAAAACAUUUCUCACAUUCCCUCUUUACACUUUAUACAGAUAAUGUUCAUUUGUAUAUGCUAACUUAAAGAAAAAAUAAUAAUAUAAUCAGGAUAUGAGAUAAGGCUGCACCUAACAUAUAAAAACCAGCUAGCACAAAAAUCAUUGUACAUCCAUAUUCAUGCAGCUAUUUUAAAAAUUGAUCAAUACCCAGAGUUUUCACCUUUGUUUUUAAGCAUUAUUCUUUUUAGCAAGAUAUUCCAUCAUCUUUAACGUUUUUAUUAACACUGUUAAGGUCUGUACAUACUGUUGGGACAUUUCCCAUGUGGAUUUUGUCUUUUGCAAAAUGUUUUUUACAUGGAAAUCCCUUACUUUAUUGAAAUAAUGUAAAAAAUUGAAGUUGCCACUCCCAAUUUUGUAUUCCAUUUAUCCUCUAUGAUGUAGUGCAUGAAACUAAUCUGGUUUGGGGAGGGAAAGGUUGAGCCAUAAAGCAAAAAUGUGUCCUAUAGAAUAUCUUUCAAAGUGGUAUGUGUUAUCAGGAUGAAUGACUGAAUUCUCUUUUCAGGACCAUAGAAUUUCUUGCUCAGUUUCUUCUGAACUGGUGCAGAUGGUGCUUUAUAAUGCAGUUUCUAAAGAGAAAUGUUCAUAUGCUGCAGUCAUUAUAAACACGCACACAAUUUCAGAGAAGUUGUUCUAGUCUCUGGUUUUGCAUAAUAUGUUGAAGGCCAAGGACCAGCACUCAGGAGGAGAUCAGAAACCCCAUCUAGCAGGAUCAUCUUAGCUUCCAUGUGGGAAGACGUAUUAAGCACUGAUUUCCUGUGGGUGACAGCAGGAAUCCUGUGCAACACUAAGGAGAUGACCUGUUGGCAAAUAAGCCUCAACCUGUGUGGCUAAAUGUUUCUGAAUUGAAGGGGAAGUCCUGCUGUCUUCAAUCAUCAUGCUUUGUCAUUGUAAAACCAACAAAAUAGUAUUUUUUGCCUAAUUUAAAGGAGCUGCUUUUUUUUAUAGCACAUAUUUCGCUUUGUACUAUAUUUGAUAGUUUAAAGAUAAUUUAGCCUGUAGAAUACUUUUGUCUUUGUAUUGUUCAUGAAUGUUACAAGAAAAGUGCUUUACUUUGUUGCCAUAAUUCUCUUGUACUGCUGUAAAGUGGGGUUUUAUUUUGUUUUGUUUUGUUUUAUUUUUGUUACUGUUUUCCAAACACCCGAGUCGAUCAACAGUUUUGGUACUGAGUUUUGUAUGCUCUGAUUAUUAUUAUUUGUCAGUAUUUUGAAUGUUUACAUCUCUCUGACACUAGCCAUUCAAUGCCUUUUUUAGGGAAGUAUUUCUCGUGCCCAGAUUGAAGCAAUGUGAAAUCAACUCAUAUCUAGCAUGCCUGAGGAACACACAUUUAUGUAUUCUUACCAUAAAUAGAUAUUUUUGUCCUUGGAUAGAGAAACAAAAACUCCUCUCAGUCCUCUACCAAAGAAAUACACAAACACACCCACGCACUCACACAUACACACUUUGUGUUAAAUUCUCAGAAAGGGGAACACUUGAUUUCAGCGGCAUUGCAGUGGUUAUUAUUCUUUAUUACCUGAAUAAAUGUGACCAAGUGAUUUUUUUUUUCUUUUAAGAUACAGUGUUUGGUUUAGAAUUCAGGGAUCAUGCUUCAUCAGUGGUGCUGUCUGUCUUUUUUUUUUUUUUAAAGAAAACAUUGUUUGCUUACCAAAAUAAUUGAUCACAAAAUUAUAAUACAAAUGGAAACUUUUUUGUUCUGUCUACAUGUUUGCUCUAUUCCCCCCAUCCCCACCAGUCCCUUGAAAAUAACAAUUUGGGCUUCAGUAUCAAAAUAUUCUAAACAAAAUAAAAGCAAGAAUAAACAUU